AUGUCUAAGGGUUAUACAUUCUCGUUGAAAGUGAUGAUUGAUAAAGAGACAAACAAACUACUUUUUGCAAGAGCCGACCGCCAUUUCGUAGACAUUGUGUUGAGCUUCAUGACUUUGCCUUUGGGAAGAAUUAUCAAAGUGUUGAAGCAGCAUUAUGGAGAUGAGGUGCCUACGUUUGGAAGCUUAAACAACUUGUACCAUAGUUUAUCGAAUCUCGAUAGCACCCAUUUUGUGACGGAUGGUGCUAAGCGGUAUCUGCUCAAUCCAAUAAGUUCACUUGAAGAUGAUUACCGAAGGUUGAAACUUGAUAUCACUGAUUACCAGCCUGCUGAAUAUUUUGAAUGUUCAGGCAGCAUUUGUUUUUAUGGAUUUCGAAGUAUAAGCAUGUACUAUGAUGGUAUCCGGCGUUGCAGAUAUUUCAGUUAUCACACGAUGACAAGUAAAGUAGCUAAGAAAGUGUCUAAUGCUGGUUCUAGUGAUGGAGUUUGGACUAUACCUAGGGAAUCUUUCACAAUCUUUGAUGAUCUGCAACUAUUUCCAAAUGAGAUUGGACUCGUUCGAAUCCUUGCUCUUCUAGGCAUCACAGGUGCGAAUAAGAUGGAGUUAAUCCAAGUGGAUCUUGGGUUCAAUGAGAUUAUGAAGUUGUUGAGGGCAUCCUUGAUGUCCCCAACUCCACUAUCGGAUGUCAUAUUAAUCAAAACAACACCCAUGGAUUCAACAAGUAUUCCAUUGAAUGAAAUAUCAAAGGAAGAAAACCCCAACUCUAGCAGUGUAAGUUUGAAAGUGGUCAUGCAAAAAUCAAGUGGAAAGUUGUUAUAUGCUCAAGCUAAGGAAGAUUUUGUUGAGUUUCUGUUUAGUCUCUUCACCAUCCCCAUAGGAGGAGCCGAGCACCUCAUGGGCGGUAAGACUUGUUUUAAGGCCAUCGACAACUUGUAUCGGAGCACAGCUGAAUUCUUAGGUGAAGAGUAUUUCAAGACCGCAGAUACCAAAAAGAGGCUAAUGAAUCCCAAUUUGCCUCAUGGUUGUACCUCCAGAAACCAGAUUCUUCCUCUUGUUGAAGAAUGCUUACCUGCUGAUUACACUGAUGAUCUCUCAAAUUUUUAUUCUAAGAAGUUUCCCAAAGGACAAGGGUGUUAUCUUGAGGGACCAACAACUUAUCAUGUGACUAAUGAUUUGAUUGUGACACCUUUUUGUCCUUUGUCCGUCCUUUCCAGUCUCAACAGCCUGAAGAUCCUGAUAUCUGAUGUCGAAGAAAGGGAGAUUCAAAUUGGAUUCAAAGAGGGCUUGAGCAUAUUGAAAGCCUCUCUCACAUCCACUUCUGUUCUUACCGAUGCUUUGCUCACUCCAAUUUGA